UCCUUUUUUUUUUUAACAGACAUUCUUCUCCGACUCCAACUGACGGUCAUCGCAGUACACGCUGUUCGCAGCAGAAAGAAACUGAUUUAAUUACACCCCGAAAAGGAAUCGAGAUGUUUUACACAUGUGGACCCAAUGAAGCCAUGGUGGUGUCUGGCUGUGGCCGUUCUCCACCAUUGAUGAUUGCUGGAGGAAGAGUGUUUGUCUUCCCUUGUAUCCAGCAGAUCCAGAGAAUCACUCUGAACACCCUCACUCUGAAUGUGAAGAGUGAUAAAGUUUACACUCGCCAUGGUGUCCCCAUCUCAGUCACUGGGAUUGCACAGGUGAAGAUUCAGGGUCAGAAUAAGGAGAUGUUGGCGACGGCCUGUCAGAUGUUCAUGGGAAAGUCUGAGGCUGAGGUCGCUCAGAUUGCCCUUGAGACGCUAGAGGGCCAUCAGAGAGCCAUCAUUGCUCACCUGACUGUCGAGGAGAUAUACCAGGACCGUAAGAAGUUCUCUGAGCAGGUCUUCAAAGUGGCCUCCUCUGAUCUGGUCAACAUGGGGAUUGGGGUUGUCAGCUACACCCUUAAAGAUGUCCAUGAUGAUCAGGAUUACCUCCACUCUCUGGGUAAAGCCCGAACAGCCCAAGUCCAGAAAGAUGCCAGGAUUGGAGAGGCCCAGUAUAAACGUGAUGCUGUUAUCAGGGAGGCCCAUGCAAUGCAAGAGAAGGUGUCUGCUCAGUACAAGAACGAGAUUGAAAUGGCAAAAGCUCAGAGAGACUACGAGCUGAAGAAAGCAUCCUACGACAUCGAGGUGAACUCCAAGAAGGCCGAGUCGGAGAUGGCCUACCAGCUCCAGGUGGCCAAGACCAAGCAGCGCAUUGAGGAGGAGAAGAUGCAGAUUCAGGUUGUGGAGCGUACGCAGCAGAUCACCCUGCAGGAACAGGAGAUCACCCGCAAAGAAAAGGAGCUGGAGGCUAAAGUGAAGAAGCCAGCAGAAGCUGAGAAAUACCGAAUGGAGAAGAUUGCUGAGGCUUAUCGCCUGCAGCUUAUCAUGGAGGCUGAGGCUGAGGCAGAGUCAAUUAAAAUGAAGGGUGAGGCCGAGGCUUUCGCUCUGGAGGCUAAAGGCCGCGCCGAGGCUGAGCAGAUGGCCAAAAAGGCUGAGGCUUUUAAGCAGUACAAAGAUGGAGCAAUGGUGGAUAUGUUGCUGGAGAAACUUCCUCUGAUGGCUGAGGAGAUCAGCAAGCCAUUGGCGAAGGCCCAUAAGAUCACCAUGGUGUCCAGUGGUGGCUCGGAUGUAGGAGCAGCCAAACUUGCUGGAGAGGUGCUGGACAUCAUGACCCGGGUGCCAGAAGCUCUGGAGAAACUCACAGGAGUCGAUAUAUCACAGGCUACUGCAAAGUCACCACGUGUGCGUUAACCGGAGGGAUCAUCGGGGGGGGUCGAAGACCUGGAGCUCCAAGCCUCCUCUUUGUUUCUGUGUUAAAUCAGUUCAUCAGUUCCUGUCUCUGUGUGUUUUCAUGCACUUCUUUCCUCUUUGUGGUCUCUUUUUCUUUCCGUGAUCGCUGCCGCUAUGCUUUCUGUUGAUAUCCACCUCCAAAACAUAAAACUGUGGUUUUGUGUCCAUCAUUGUCAUAGCCACACUUUAGCUUGUAACUUAAAAUCUCCUCAGAUCUGCUGCCUUUUUCUACCUGAUUGUCAAUAUGCAGCUUGUUUGGCCUAUGAUUGUCCUCAUAGGUCCUUCAAAGGGACUGGGCCAUAAGCUCUCACCUUUCUGGUAAUAGUGCCUUUUAAUUUGGUACGGAAUGCAAAGUGCUUUACAUCGUUCAGGGAGCCCCAAUCACACCUGCUGCUGCCAUCAAAGGGCCGUCCUAUCACUGGAAGAUCUGCUGUCUCCUCAUUAAAAACCCCACUGUAAACCUUUGGAGUCAGAUCUCACCUAUCAAUUUUUUUCAUUCAUGUAGUAUAUAUAUUUUUUGUAAUACAAUAACAUUUUUUCUAUUUUCAGAAGACAGUUCUGCAUGCAUGUUAGUCGUCUUAUGAGU